AAUGUCGAGCUGGAAGGUUUGGUAUACGAUGUCAGGAGAACUGCGCAUUAAACUGCAAGCGUGGUAUUUGCUAUCAUGUCAACGGUUAUUGUAGUAAAGGUUGUAAUCCGGGCUAUCAAGGAAAUAAGUGUACAGAAAGAUGUGAAAAUGGUUACUAUGGUGAUAAAUGCGCAAAUCAAUGCAAUACUAAUUGUAAAAAGGGAGACACAAUAUGUAGACAUACAGAUGGAGAAUGUUUGAAUGGUUGUCUGGCAGGAUGGAAUGGUAAAAAAUGUGAUUCAAAAUGUAUGCCCGGAAAGUUUGGCCAAGGAUGUGAAGAGAAUUGUCCUUUAAAUUGUAAUGGCAAUGAAUGUGGCUAUAUCGAUGGCAAUUGUAAUGAAGGCUGCAAGCCGGGUUUUCAAGGAAACAAGUGUAAAGAAAGUAAGUUGGUCGCCUUAUUAUUUUCUUAUUGUACAAUCGGUUCAUUUGGGGACAAAUGCGGCAAUAAUUGCAGUGGCAACUGUGUAGGUGGAGAUAUAAUGUGCAGAAAUAUUGAUGGACAUUGUUUGAACGGUUGCAAGACAGGGUGGAAUGGAACAAACUGUUUCUCAGAAUGUGACAUUGGGUUUUACGGUGAAAACUGCUCAUCAGUGUGUGGUAACUGCCAGCUUGGAAACAAUUGUGACCACGUGACUGGUACUUGUCAUGAAGGAUGCAAAACGGGUUACAGCGGCGCCACCUGUUUACAAGCAGUGCAAUCGUCAAAUAGUUCGGGUGUGAUUGUGGGAGUAGUAGCGGUGUUUGCCAUCAUAAUCAUGAUUUUGAUAAUUGCUUUUAUUUUGCAUAAGCGACACAGUCAGAAUAAAAGGAAAGAUGUACAAAGUGUUGACGUGGAGCUCAGAGAUGCUGUUACCACAGCUAGCCCCCGAAGUCAAGGACUUAGAUCUUACAAAGGAAGUAGGCAUGCAAAGACAG